AUGGUAAGGUCAUCAUAUGAACAUGAUGAAAAUGAUACAGUCAUUCAAUACAUUCAAUCAUCAUUCAACAACACAAAAGACAUGAUUAAACUUUACGAGUAUGUUGAAGACAACAUAUAUGAACAUGGAAACAAAACUAAUGGAUACAUCAGUACAUCAAUGCUACCAUUUCCAAUGGAUAUCAUUGAUAUUCAAAAAUGGAAUAAAUUAUACAGUUAUUGUGAUAUAGAUUAUGUAGCAUUGGUGAAAUUUUGUAUGGACAAAGGUCACAUUCCUUAUUUAUUUGGCUCAGAUAGCUCUACUUAUUAUCCGAGAACAAUUUUAAGACAACCAAAGAUAAAUAAUGGUUUGGUUGAUUUCGGACGUGAUGAAAAACAUGAAAAAAUGUGUAAUGACUAUAUGAUAUUCGAACACCAAAGAAAACCAGAACUUGAAUCAUGUGAUAGUCGGCAAUACUUCGAUAGAUUACCAACAUGGGGUAAAAUUGCAAUUUCAAAACCAUAUAAUGAACAAGAAUAUAUUGAUUACUUCGUUUCGAAUGAUUUUCCUCUUAAUCGCUUAAGAAAUACGUUAAAACUAUUAGUCAAGAAUUCGCUUGAGUUACAUCGUCGUCAAAUAGAUGAGAAAGAAAACACUGAACGUCUGCUUAAGUAUAAUCAUUUACUCCAAAAAUAUUGUUCAAUUUUGAUUCAACGCUGUGAACAAUACCUAGAAAAGCAGGCGAAAAGCCAAAAAGUUCCAAUAUCUUUAUAA